AUGGCUUAUUCUCCGCUUGCUUCUUUUCUUCCUUCCAACUACUCCUCCGAUGAGGAUGGUGGGCCACCAUAUGAUGACUCUGACCCCUCAUCUGAGCCCUCCAUUGUACCUGAGUCUCCCAGGUACUACUACGAUGAGGAGACCAAGUAUGAGAAGGAGGAGGAGGAGAACGACGACCAGACCAACGUUGAGAAGAACUCGGAUGAGGAGCACGAGGAGGAUGAGGAAGCGGCGGCGGAGGCGGUGAAGGAGGAAGCAAUGGCAGUGGCCUACAACGCGGAAUGGGAAGCCAGAAAGAGGAAGCCGACGGAGGAGGCUGCGGCACAGGUGGCAUUGGUGGAGGUUGUGGCGGAGGAGAGGGUCGAGAUGCGGGCUGCCAGAAAGAGAAGGGAGGAGGAGAGGGCCAAGAAGAGAAGGAAGGACGAGAGGGCCAAGAAGCAGGCUGCCAAGAAGAGAAGGGAGCAAGAGGAGGUGGACUCAAAGAUGGCCAAGAAGAGGAGGCAGGUGGACUUCGACAUCAGCGCUGGUCCCUCCAAUGCUAGUCCCGCCAUGUCUUGUCAUGUGAUUUUUUUUAUUCUUAUCCCAUAG